CCUCUCACCACCACUGUGAACAGUUCUCACUCGUUACGGUUCUCUGGAUGGGCACAUUUCACAGCACACUCUGAAUGCCUUCGUUCACAUCAUAUUAAAUGUUUAAUUACGCCGUAUUCUGACACAUAGCACAUAGUUCUCCUUUAAAGGUCUUGACUGCUCAGACGCCGUGAUUGGUGAGAAGCCACAGAAACCCGAAGACACACAAAGUGUAACGUUAGUGUCGAAGGACGCGGAUCUGCGACUCGGCUCCGGACUGUCAGUCGUCCUAAGUCGGUUUCACAAUGGCUCAUAUGUUCACAUUAUCGGACGACUCAGACACAUCUGAAGAUCUAGGAGACGCAGACCAGCCAGAAGCCAGUAAGAGAGCUGAGCUGUCACAGUCUGGGCAGCACCCACUUGUUCCAGAGAGAUUCAGAGAGUCAAGGCAGAGGAAUCACUCUAUGAAUGAGGAUGCCCUUCAGGAAUCUGGGGCUGUGAGACAUGGAGAUGGAGCUGCAGAUGGAGACUCUUUCCGCCGUCGCUGUCGCUCGGCUCCCCCUGCUCUGUGGGCAGCAAAGAAAUAUGGCAGACAGCUGAGGAAGAUGAGUGACGAGUUCGACACCUUGCUGGACAAAGGGAUGAAGAGAGUGAGGAGUGCAGGUGCAGCCCGUCAGAUGCACGCUUCCCCCAGCUGGUUCACCUUCUUAUGGAGCCACAAAGAGUCAGACUCUGAGGCCAGCAGCAGUCUAACAGCUCCAGACACCCGUCCGGCAGAGUGAACGAACAAUGGAUUACAGGACUGAAGGAUGGUGUUGUUUUUGUAGUAGUAUAUGUACAGGAAAAGAGAUUGGUGUAAAAGGAGGAGGUAGUUUAUCGGGCAAGAUGGAGGCAGCUCAUCCGCUGUGGCGACCCCUAAAGGGAGCAGCUGAAAGAAGAAGUAGUAUAUACAGGAAAAGAGAAAAUGGACUGAGAGCCAGUGGACAGAUGUGAAGGACUGAUGUUCUGUCUUGACUGGCUAGUUUAAAACCUUCGCCUUAAGUAAAUGGAUAUUAGAACCCCUGACCAAUCAAACCAUUCAGAAGUUGUCUUCCUAUGACCAGCAUAUGCCGUGUCUGAGAGAAUGCAGACGAUGACCCUUCCAGGGUCUCUCUUCCUGUGGAAAAAUUAUGCAAACCACUUUGUACGAAUGAUCUGUUAGAAGCAUUAGACAAUGUCAUUCACUGCCAUUUUCAUGGCAGUAUUAUUAAGAAAUGUUUCAGAUAGCCUAAUAGAAUCAAAACACAU